CAGAAACACACAGCGAUCAGCUGACAGCGAGUGCAGCAGUAGAAAGUGCAGUUAUAAGGUUGUAAAUUUGGGUUUUGACACACUGAUUUGUCUCUAAGUGUUUGUAUAACCCCAGCGAGAGAAAACAGAGGAAUGUGAGCAGGAAGUGGGGGAAACUGCUGGUAUCUGGAAGCACUCAGGAGUGGGUGGAAGAAGUCGUCUUUCAGCCACAGCACAGAGUAAAACAUGAGCAGUGAGUACCAACCACUGUCUUCAGCAGAAUCAUGCAGGAGUUUAUUGAUAGAGACACCAGAGUGCUUUAUAUGCAGGGAUGUUGAACUUCAAGCCAGUGACCCACUGAGGAAUUUCUGUGACUGCAAGAAUUUACUUGCCCAUCACGUGUGUCUGUCCACAUGGAUCCAGAGGGGAUGUGGGAGUGAAGACAGGCUGCGAUGCAUUAUCUGCAAAGCCAAGUACCAGCUCCAGUGGAGUUCUCCAUUCCGGCUGCUCAGCCUCCAGUGGCAGACGUGGCUUGUGCUGAUCACUGUGCUUGUUUUGCUGGGUCUGGUGCCUUAUGUUGUUCACUGCAUGAUGACCACCUUCACCAGCCCUCCUCCUCCCAGCACCUUUAAAGUGGCAGCGGCCUCUUUUGGUCUCCUGACAGAGAUCCUGCUGAUGAAGUGUCUGUCGAGCUACCUCAGCAGUCGCUACCGACAGGCUGAGCAGAGCUCCUUCACAGUCCGGGCCAGGGGCUCUGAGGAAGACAGAACGAGCCCGGGCCGCUGGGAUGGGUCUGAGGCCACUUCAGCAGCGGCAGGCCAUGCUUCAUCAGCGGCCUCACCCAGUCAACGCGAGGACGCGAGGAAAGUGGAUGUGUUGAAGAGUGGAUGUUUCAGCCUUUUCUAAACCACUAACAGAAGGAGUUUACAGAAUAGAGAGCAAGAAUAAAUCCUUUGGGUAUUAGAUGUGUCUAACUGCAAUUUAAGAAAUUACAUCAGUUUAUCAGUGUGGCAUUUAUGAGAUCUUACAUUUUAAAACCUAUUUUCAAGGUGUCAGAUAUUUUUGUUUUCCUCUAAUAUGUCAAACCCUGGAUAUAUUCUUACGUAUUGCAAAUUGAUGAUAAGGAACAGAGCGCACGCAGCUUGCAUGCGUGUGUUCAGGCUCAGAGAGAAAAAAAAGCCUGAAAUCACUGUCUUUCCUUAAUGAUGCCCACACAGAGACAAUGGGGCGCCGCUCUGAUUAGUGUCACCUGUCCUUGUGCAUCUCAUCAGCUCCAUUAUGGCUCCAUCUCCCAUGCUUCUUCUGCUAAUUGAAUAGCCUGUGAAGUGGUGACGAGGACGGGGGCGAGAGCGGCGUCUGUCCCGCUGCUGCUUCGGAAAUGAGAGUAAAGCUUCCCAGUGAGACACCAGUUCUUAAACCAUAAACCAUUAUCAUGCGGAUAGAAAAGGUGCCAACAAGUAGCCCUCAUAUUAUAUUACCAUCAUAUCAUCUAUGGAUUAUUCUCAUAUAUAACAGCUUUUCCAUUUUGCAUCUACUGUAUGUUUUUCAGGGGAGAUGCAAUGCCGUGCCACACAUUUCAUAAGCGUAUCAGACAGAGCGUUCAUGUUGGACGUAGCCAUGAGAUGCUCACUAAUGUUUUUCAGGUGUGUACUCCAUACUUCAUACUACAGUAGCUGCAAAUAUAAAUUCAUAGCUAAGGUUGGGAAACUGGAGCAUUUGGUUACAGGAUCUGUGUUUUUCAUAGCAUCAACAAUAAUGAAGGAACUUGUCGACCAGUGGAACAUGAAUAAGAAAUAUCAGGCACAACACGUUUAUUGUUGGUUCUGGUAUUUUCAUGGAAUUUGUCAACCAUACAGAAAGUUAUUCCUGUAACUUUGGAUCACAUUUCAUUUACCAGGUUAAUGGUAGAGAAUGACCCUGAUGACAUCACCAGGGUCAUUUUAACUCAGACUGAUGUAGCUCGUCCAGAGUUCCCCUUUCUUGUAUAUUAAAUAAUAAUGAAGAAUAAGUGAAUGUUGUGUUACUCUGAACCAUUAUUGAACUAGUAUUUUGUUCAAAAGUUUUCAUACUGGAAAGUUUUAUACGUGGAAACAAAUAAAAACUGAGGCAGGCCUCAAUCUGAUGUUUACAUUGAACGAUUUUCAGGUCUCUCUGUAUUUAGUCAAAAUAAAAUACAUAAAAUAUUUUUCAGUUCUGCAAAGAAAAGCCUGAAAUAAAAAAGCGGUCUUUUAUUUUGAUUGGAUAAACAUUGCCAGCUGUGAUGCAGGGCUGUAGUGUUGGUGCCUCUCCUGCCAGGCAGCAGCUUUGCUGUUAUCUGCAUGUGCCUGAGGCACAGCUAAUGUAAAAAGAUCCUCCUCACUCUGCUCUGCUCUGCUCGCAGUGAGAUCUGCAGGCUUAUCCUGCCCAGUCCUUCUCCGUUUCACCUCUCGGUCACAGCCAAGUGACUCUCAGCUGUGCACCGCCUCAGUUUGGGCCUUUCUACAGACAGAAUAGGAGAAGUACAGCAGUAUCUCACUGCUGUAUCUGGUAAAUACCACAACAACAGGCUUGCAGAGGCUUCCCAGUGUCCCCAUGCCUGUAUAGUUCCGGGGCUUAAUGUGUGCAUGAGGGGCCAGAUGGACACUUUCAUGAGUGUAUGAGUGUGGAUUAUUCUGCCAGCUACAUCUGGGGCUCCACAUGGUACAGCAGACUGCGGUAAGAGAGGCAGGUGGGCACGUGGGGAGGGCGCCCCUCCAGUGGGUUCUCUUACAUCUAUACUCACAGACAGGGCAUCGCCGCAAAUGGCAAACCGAAAGGUUACGAGACCAACCUGCAAGACAAAUGCUCCUCUGAAUCCUGGCAAGCUCGAUGUCUUCUUCUGUCCUUUCCUCCCUGUCCUUCCCACCUGGAAACAGCCAACUGUUUCCAGGUGUACAGUGUGAAAAUAGUGUUCUUUACAUUACAUUUAUUCAGGAGGCACUUUUGUUCAUAGCAUUCCUCCCAUAUCCACACAAUGGAACAAUUUGGGGUGCAGCGUCUUGCUCAAGGACACUUUGUAAUGUGGACAAGAGGAGCCAAGGAUUGGACUGCCACUCCUAUGAUUAAUAGCCUACCUACUCUACCACCUGAGCUACAGCUGCCCAUAAUAUGAGCAUGCCACCACCAUUAACAUAUUAUCACAUUAUGUUCUGAUUCAUUGUUGUCAGUGUUCAUCACUGGGUCAAACAAGCAGAUCAUAUGAUAAUGUAGCAGGCAGACAAAGUAAAGCUGUAUUACACUGCCGCUGAAACGAUUAGUCAAUUCAUCGUUUAGUCAACAGAAAAUGAAUCAAAGCAAAUGACGAUAUGACCAAUAUAAAAAUACCAGAAGUAAAAGUAGUGAACUGAUAAUGUUAGAACAAUGUUAAGUAUCAGAAGUUAAAUAAGGCUGCUCGUAAUUCAGACAAGUGAGUACUAUACAGCCCGAAUUAUUAUUUCCAAUAUAUUAACGUGAAUGCAGCAUUUUACUGUAGUAGUUGGUCGAGUUGGAGCUGUUUUAACUAGUUUAUAUACAGUUGGGCAGUUUAAUCUGUUGCAGUACAUCAUAUUUCAUCAGCUCAUCAUUUCUUUUGUGUGUAAAAUGGUAAUUUAUGUGUAUAAUGUAUUUGUAUUGCUAUACCAGUUUGGAUGAUGCUUGAAUAUUAUCUCAUUGUUUCUGACAAUGACAAUAAAGUAAAAAAAAAAAAAAAAAAAGUAAAGUAGUAAAAAUAUAUGAAGAAAAUAGAAGCUAAACUAAAGAUGUCAAAUAAAUAUAGUGGAGUAAAAAGUGAAUCACUUCCCUCUGAGCUGUUGGGAUGCUGAGGUGUAAACUGGCCUGUCUCUAACAGUAUAUGUUUGAGACAGGGUGUACGUAAAAACUGCAGAUUAUAUCUGUGAGAUACACGGCGUACAGUGUCAAAUUCCAUCUCAACAUUAUGUUGAGCAUGCUCACAAAACUCAGCCCAAACUUAUUAAUGCCCCACACUCAUAUUAGAUUGAACUCAAGCCAAGGCCUUUGUGAAAUCAGAGCUCAUUAGACGAGUCCACCUCAUAAUGAGUGGCCAGAUCCAUCAGGAGAGAUAAAGCUCCCGCUCUGCGCUGACUGAGAUCCAGUCAAACACACCCACA